GUGAAGUGAAUUGAACUGAACUAAAAUAAAAAUACGCUAAAGAUAAGACUCUCAAUUACAUAAUUUUCUUUUUUUUUUUUUUACGGACAUGAGACAUAUAUGAAGGAACGAAGAAAGUAAUUAACAUCUAGUGAGGAGAUGGCUGCCUUGCUCCAAGAGUCCAACUCAAUCCCUGGUAGUCAACUAAGGUAUAUUCAAAAUGUGGCAAUGAAAUGAGUGCUAUUUCUUCUAUAUGAGUUGUCUUUCUCCCCUUUUAAAACUCUUAAAAGCAACCCCCAACUCCACUCUGUAAUUGCCAAUUACUAGCUCACCCAAAUAUUCAGGAGAGAGAGAAAAUAUUCAAAAAAAUCCUCUGUGUUGCAGACAAAAAUCCCUUUUGUUUGCUAAUAAUGCAGACUACAACAGUUAAAGUUGGAAACUUGUCAGAUCUAGCAACUGAGAGAGAAAUUUAUGAUUUCUUCUCAUUUUCUGGUGAAAUUCAACACAUUGAUAUUCAACGUGAAUCAGUUAACUCAAAGACUGCAUUUGUUACUUUUAAAGAAGAGAAAGCUCUUGAAAUCGCCUUGCUGUUAUCGGGAGCAACUUUAGUUGACCGCAUUGUGAAUAUCUCUCUUGCAGAAAAUUAUGUUCUAAAGCCUGUGACGGAAGUAAGAACAGUUGAAAAUACUGUGAGCACAGCAAAUGUUGAAGAUACAUCCAAUAAUGCUGAGGCUAAAUCUGGUAAAGCAUAUGUUAAUAAAGCACAAGAAGUUGUUUCCAGUAUGAUAGCUAAAGGCUCUGCCAUGCGGCAAGAUGCUGUGAAUAAGGCUAAGGCUUUUGAUGAGAAGCAUCGGCUAACAGCUAGCGCAUCUGCCAAGGUCAGUUCCUUUGACAAAAGAGUUGGACUCACUGAGAAGCUCACUGUUGGGAUUUCAGCCGUUAAUGAAAAAGUGAAGUCUGUGGACCAAAAGCUUCAAGUCUCUGACAAAACAAUGGCAGCCUUAUUUGCAGCAGAGAGGAAAUUAAACGAUACAGGAACAGCUGUCAAGUCAAGCCGGUAUGUUACUGCAGGAGCUGCAUGGUUUAAUGGUGCUUUUAGCAAGGUUUCAAAGGUUGGUCAUGUUGCUGGUACGAAAACCAGACAGAAGUUCCACACAGCUAUGUCAAAUCUUACAGCGAAGGAUCCAAUAGCUGCAUAGCCAGAAAUCUUGUACUACUACAAGUGAGCAAUCUAAGUUGAUUCUCUCAAUGCAUGAUUAUCCCUAGUCCAAUCAAUCUUCAAGCAAAUUCCGAAGUAAGAUGUCAUGUCAGAAGUAGAGUAUAGGGACAUACUUGGGAUGCUGCAAUGCUGCAGCCUUAAAGUAUCGUCCUGGAGAUUGUCAUCUUUGUUCGUUUCCCAGGUAAAAGUACCAGGAUUAAGCUUGUGAUCUUUGUUUUGUAAAACCGGAGAUUUUGAUUUGAAAAAUAUCCCUGUAAUUUUGUCACCCCCAAACACUAUAUUCUUUAUGCCUUUUAAGUUGAUUAAUGGUAUCUCGUGUUAUUUUUGUGUAUAAAUUUCAUUCAAUGUUGAUUAGGUUGGACCAAUUCUUGCAACGUAUCAAUUCAUACUCCAUAUUUGAAUACAGGAAGCUCUUGUGAACA